UAUGGUGGUUCACCUUCGGCCGCAGGUUUGUGCGCGCGCGCGCGGGUUUAUUCCGCGUGUGCUCCUGAAACCAAUUGCUGUUUCUCCCCCCCUGAAUGACAGCAGAAUUUCGCCUCGCCCGGAGCGACGUCACAGUAAAGUGGAAGAAGACAGCUCCAGACUUUAUCACCCGGAGAGCAGAGGACUCGCUUCCUCCGUGCGUCAAAGCGCAGAGAGUGUAGCGCGCACGGAGGGUAGGAGACCUCAGAGCGAGAGGGAAACCUCAGAAACCUUGAAGUGAAGACCGACUUGACUCUUUCUACAUUAUGUAGAGCAAGUGAGUUGACUCAGGGACUCGGACCUCGUUCUCCAGGCUGGGAGCAUGUGAUGCGCGACGGCAGAUCAAGGAACGAGCUCCGCGAUAAUAAUGAGGAGGUCAGACACACUUUCUGAAGCGGACACUUGACCGGCAUUCUGCGUGCCAAGAUGCGCCCGACGGGGGCACCUGGACCCGCGCGCCGCCGCUGACGGAGAACUUUUCCUAAAGCCAGGCGAGGACCUCCUAUGCAUAUCAGAGAGCGCCCCUUUCGCUGCUGCGCGUUCCAGUGAACCUCGCGGGGGAAUCCCCCGGAGGACCCGCCGCGUCCAACAUGACGGUCCGUCUGUCGCGGAUCCAGCUGGCCCUGUUCUUCAUGUCGCUCUGUCCGCUCAACAUAAUCGGACUCUGGUGGGCGGUGGGCAGUCCUCUGGUCAUGGAUCCCAACAGCAUCUGCAGGAAGGCCAAACGUCUGGUGGGGAAGCAGGCUGAGCUGUGCCAGACUCAGCCGGAAAUCGUCAAUGAGGUGGCCAGAGGAGCCCGGCUGGGGGUCCGCGAGUGCCAGUAUCAGUUCAGAUACCGCCGCUGGAACUGCACGAGUCACAACAAGUACUUUGGGAAAAUACUACAGCAAGAUAUCCGAGAGACUGCAUUCGUCUACGCAAUCACGGCGGCCGGCGUGACGCAUGCCGUGACCCAGGCCUGCAGCAUGGGAGAGCUCCUGCAGUGCGGCUGCGAAGCAACCAGGAACAGAGCGCCUCCGAGGCCGCCAUCGUCUUCCUCACCUCGGGAUGGGGUUAAGUGGGAGUGGGGAGGCUGUGGAGACGACGUGGAGUUUGGUUACGAAAAGUCCAAACAGUUUAUGGACGCGAGAAGACGGCGGGGGAAAAGCGAUAUCAGGACACUCAUUGAUCUGCACAACAAUGAGGCGGGGAGGCUGGCAGUCAAGCUCUACAUGCGAACUGAGUGCAAGUGCCACGGCCUGUCGGGCUCGUGCACGUUACGCACGUGCUGGAAGAAGAUGCCUCAUUUCCGUGAGGUGGGCGACCGCCUGCUGGAGCGCUUCAACGGCGCGGCAAAGGUGAUGGGCAGCAACGACGGGAAGACCCUCAUCCCAGUCGGCCACAACAUAAAACCGCCGGACAAGCAGGACCUGAUCUACUCGGACGAGUCUCCGGAUUUCUGCUCGGCCAAUCGUAAAACGGGGUCGCUGGGAACACGGGGGCGCACGUGCAACAGCACGGCCAUGGACAUCAGCGGCUGUGACUUGUUGUGCUGUGAGCGGGGCUAUUGGGAGGAGACUGUGGUGUCUGAGGAAAACUGCUUAUGCCGUUUCCAUUGGUGUUGCGUCGUCCAGUGCAAGAAGUGUUUGGUACGGAAGGAGCUGAAUCUGUGUCACUGAGGAACUGAUCACAUGACUUUGGUCAUCUGCUUCUUCUUAGCCUUUUGCAUAAGAGAAUGGACUUGACUGCUUUAGGUUUUGUCAACCAAGAUUUUGCGAAACAUUUGAAACAUUUGAAACAUUUUCACUCGCUGUUGGCUUUUUAGCAGAAAACCAAAGAUGCAUUUUCUGUUUUUCAUUCAUUUUUAAACCAAGGACCCAACAAAAGCUCCUUUUUGAUCCAAAGUGACCUUUUUACACGAAGUCUCCUUCCACUUCAGCAGCAGGACUUUGUGUGGAUCUAAACGCCAACCGCUCUGCCAAAUUUCACGAACAGAUGGAAACACCAGCGGUUACUCUGUUUUUGUACUGUUUGCUAUUUAAAGUCCUUCUGGACGUUGUUUUCUACCUACUGGAUGUUAGGGAUACUUUCCUGAUAUGCUGACAUGUAUGUUUGCACAGUUACCAAACAGUCCUCUUUUUGAUCACCAAUAAUCAGAAACUGGUUUCAUUUAAUUGCAAAAAUACAGAUCUUUAAAAUGAA